CAAGAAUUACUGCCCAAACUGUGCUACAGAAAGAUCUAAGCCAGGCAAUGUUUUCCAUUCUGCCUGCCUACCGUUUCCUCGGCGCUUUCCUUCACUGUUCUUACACAAAAAGAGAUCUAGGGUGACAGCAAAGUGAUGACUCAUCUGACAUCAGAUUGAAUCCUUUUUAUUUGCCCUUGUGUGAGCCCCACUUUAUGAUAUUGGGAACAUCCGUGUUAGGUUUGUGAAUGUUUUUAUUUCACAGAAGACACACAUGGACUGCAGUGGGACUCUAAUGAUUUAAAGGUCUGAUGCAUGUGGCUGUCUGAAAGGUCUUUGUUUUCCACAAUCCUUUGACUAUAAAAGGAAUCAAAGUGUGUUUUAAUCAUGCUGACCAGCAAGGGCCAGGGAUUCCUUCACUUUGGUCUGUGCCUCUGCUCCUGUAUAUUCAUUCCUUGCUUGAAAGGUAAUCAUCAUUGUUUUGGGAAGCAUGUCAUAUUACUGUGCUGGAAUGGAUCCUAAGAGCUCUGCAGGCUGUGCAUCUGAAGAGAGGCUCUUUCACAAACUGUUUUCUCAUUAUAACCAGUUCAUCAGGCCUGUAGAAAAUGUUUCUGAUCCCGUCACAGUGCAUUUUGAAGUGGCCAUCACACAGCUGGCUAAUGUGGAUGAAGUAAACCAGAUCAUGGAAACCAAUCUGUGGCUACGUCACAUCUGGAAUGACUAUAAAUUGCGCUGGAACCCAAUGGAAUAUGAUGGCAUUGAGACUCUUCGUGUUCCUGCGGAUAGAAUCUGGAAGCCUGACAUUGUCCUCUACAACAAUGCUGUUGGUGACUUUCAAGUGGAAGGCAAGACAAAAGCUCUUCUUAAAUAUGAUGGCAUGAUAAUCUGGACUCCACCGGCUAUUUUCAAGAGUUCCUGUCCUAUGGAUAUCACUUUUUUCCCUUUUGAUCAUCAAAAUUGUUCCCUGAAAUUUGGUUCUUGGACCUAUGACAAAGCUGAAAUUGAUCUUCUAAUCAUUGGAUCUAAAGUAGACAUGAAUGAUUUUUGGGAAAACAGUGAAUGGGAAAUUGUUGAUGCUUCUGGCUACAAACAUGAUAUAAAAUACAACUGUUGUGAGGAGAUAUACACAGAUAUAACCUAUUCUUUUUACAUUAGAAGACUGCCAAUGUUUUAUACCAUUAAUCUCAUCAUCCCUUGUCUCUUUAUUUCAUUUCUAACUGUGCUGGUCUUUUACCUUCCUUCUGAUUGUGGUGAAAAGGUGACACUUUGUAUUUCAGUUCUGCUUUCUCUGACUGUGUUUUUGCUGGUAAUCACAGAAACCAUCCCAUCCACGUCUCUUGUGAUCCCAUUGGUGGGUGAGUACCUACUGUUCACCAUGAUUUUUGUCACCCUGUCCAUUGCGGUGACUGUGUUUGUGUUGAACAUACAUUAUCGCACCCCAGCAACACACACUAUGCCCAAGUGGGUGAAGACGGUUUUCCUCCAGCUGUUACCCCAGAUCCUGAUGAUGAGGAGGCCUCUGGACAAGAUGAGGAAGACGAGUUCUGAUAAAAACUCCAAAGGCAUUUCCAGUAGGCCCACCAAAGUCAACUUUGAUAAUUACAGAGAGACAAAACUUCCUAAAGAAUGCUGCCACUGUCAUAAAUCAAGUGAGCUUGCCACCAGCAAAAGAAGAUUAAGUCAUCAGUCUUUACAAUGGAUGACUGAAAAUUCAGAGCACUGGCCUGAUGUCGAAGAUGUAAUUAAUAGUGUUCAAUUCAUAGCAGAAAACAUGAAGAACCAAAAUGAAACAAAGGAGGUUGAAGAUGACUGGAAGUACGUAGCCAUGGUGGUAGACAGAGUAUUUCUUUGGGUGUUUAUAUUUGUCUGUGUGUUUGGAACUGCAGGGCUAUUUCUACAACCACUGCUGGGGAACACAGGAAAGUCCUAAGGAUGUAUUUUCCUUUUACCUUUUGAAACUUACAGAUGCUAUAUUUGUUCUAUGCUCCCUGCUGUAAGGAAAGCGACAUAGUUUUCCAUCCAAGUCCCCCAUCUACUGAAGCUGACGACUAGAUGGAAAAAAAGAGGACUUUGUUACAGAUUAGGAGGCUGAAUGCCCUCCUUUGUAGCACAGAGGAGUACUCGAAGAUGUUUUAUAACACUGGAGUCCGAAGCUGGCAGCAUCCACAGGCUUCUCUUCUCUGUACAUGUUCGACUUCCAGGGACACGAGUGAUCCAUAAUACAGUGACCCAUGUAAGGAACACCAAACCACGCUAAAAUGGGGUGCUCUUGUACCUCCAGUUUAUUGCUUACCAUCCAGACAUGAAACACUGGAGCUCGUACCUUGCUGGCAUCUGCAGCGCUUGGGAAUUAUUAUACGCCUGCCUUCUUAUGCAUGCCUCUGGAAUGUACUCAUGCAUGUCAACAUUAUUUGAUAUAUUAAUUAGCAAAAAAUAAUAGCGGGUCAUCAGGGUCUCUCUCAGCAGGCUGCAUCUAAUUAGCACUCAUCUGGCAAGAAACUUGAGUGGUAACCCAGCACUGUACUAGGCAUUGCAAGGGCAACAGAAAUAGGUUCUGUCCCCAAGUGCUUGCAGCUUUUGAGGAAAAGUCAUAAACACAAAGAUCUCCAGGACCAGGUAUCGCGUGGGGAAUGUAACUACAGCAGCCAGAGUAGGAGAGCAUGAUGUAGUGUUGCCACAUAAAUGUGUGGCAGCCUCUGCUGUGGGUCAAAGAGGUGGCUGCUCUGGUCAGCUGUUUCCACUGGUCCGUUGUAGCCGAGACUGCAAAUAAAGUUAUUUCUUCUUUAAGAAAUUGUGAUCUGGUACCUUGUGGAGCAAAACCUUUUCUGAGAAGGAACACUUUGGGAAUUCUGUUUCAUUCUACUCUAUCUUUAUCUUCAUAUUUGUUGUAUAAAUAUUAUUGUAACAAUAAAAAUGUCUUUCAAAGCAGAAAAAAAAAAUAAAUCUACCUAACAAAGGAACUAA